GUUAAUUACUAUCAUACCAAAUCUUGUUCGAAAUUAUUAUUUUUCACGCUUGUUUUAAAUUUAAAUGUGUGAAUGAUAUUUUAGGAAUUAUAGCUUUCAAAUUCGUAUGUUAAAUUUGUUUUUUGAAAAUGGGUAUUAGUGUGGAUUGUGUACUAAACGAAUUAAAAUUUGAUCAGAAAUUAUUUAGUUUAUUGAAAACCUAUAACAAGUACGUAAAUUUUAGGUUUGAUUAUGUCAUAAGAUCAAGUAUUGCUCAAGUUCCAUCAGAAAUUACUCUAAACAAUGCCUGUUGUUCAUUUGAUAACAGAGAUUUAUUUGUAACACCUAAAUGCUUUGGUGAAUCUAGUACUAGUGUAAACAGUAUUACAAGUUUGCAAAAUGAACUAAAAUCCCUUACAAAUGAAGCAAAUAUGAAAAGAAAAGAAAUAAAUAUAAUAUCCUUAAAUGAAGAAGGGCUGAAGAAAAAUAUAAAACACUUAGAAGAAAUUAUUGCUAUAAAGGAGAAUUUAAUAACUCAAACUGCAAAUCAUACAGAAAUCAGAUGUAAUGCAAAAGAAAAAGCUCAAAAAGAAUAUCAAAGAAUUAGUAAAAAAUAUAGCAAAAUAUUAAAUGCAGAUCGUUUAAAUGACAGAGUAUUACGCUACGAAAGAAAAAUCAAAAAAAUGGAUGAUAUUAUUAGAAUUGCUGGAGAUAGUCAAGAAAAAUUAAUGCAGGAUAGAAUUGCAUUGCAAACAUCUAAAGAUAGACUGAAGAUAUUUUAUGAACAAUAUAAAUGUCAAAUACAGUCUAAAGAAGAUUUAACAUCUGUAUUAUUAGAGCUUGAAAAAAGAAUAAAUCAAUUAAAAAUUAAUUUAUCUAAUUUAGGAGUGAUAACAAGUAUUGAAAAAAGUCGCAGUCAUACGUCUUGUAAUAUAAUUGAACAAAAUAAUUUAAAGAAAAGUUUUAUUGAGCUUCAACUUAUGAGAAAUGAAGUUCUAAGCUGCCGGCCAAAAGGAAUAUUUAAUCCUAAAUACCAUAAAGAAAAUAGUUUAACAAAAGAAGAAAUUAAAAAAUAUUUAGAAAAUGAUGAAACUAUUGAUGCAAUUGACCACUUAAUAGAAUUGAAGAAUAAUCAAACUAGUAAUUAUGUGGACUGGACAAAUCUAAAUCAUUCAAAUUCCAUUGAAGGAGCUGUAUUUCUCAAGUCUUUAAAUAAUCUUACUCUAGUUGAAAUCAAAAAAUUACUUAUACACUAUUUCAAUAAAGUUAUAGAUUUAAAAGAAUCUGGUCGAGAGAAUGAUGAAAUUAUAUCUAAACUUGAUGAAAUUAAUGAUAAACAGAGGCGAACAAUUGUCUCUUUAAAUAAUAAUUAUCAAGAGUUCCAUUUAUCAGUUGAAAAAAAGUUCAUAGCUUUGAAAAAGUAUUAUCAUGACAAAGUUAACAUGUUAUUUCAACUUUUACAAGAAGAAAAUAAUGCCAUAACUGUAUUUAAAAUGAGACAAGAAAUUUCAGCAUUGAAGAAAAAAUUAUCUGAGCUUGAAAAAUCACAACAAAUAACAAAACCAAUAGAUACAUUAGUACUUGCAGAACCUCAACAAAAUUCUGAUCAUCUGGAUAUCUCACGUUCAGAAUCAGAAACAAUGUCUUCAGCUAAAGUUACGUUUCAUAAAAAUAAGUUAAAAGUACAAAAGAAUAAAACGAAAUGAAACAUUUAAAAAAAUGUCUAGCUGAAAAUUAUCUUACAUAAUUUGUAAUUAUUUAUAACAAUCAAUUUUUAAUUAUAUUAUAUUUUCUAAUA